AGCGCGCCCGGAGCGGCCAUGGAAGUGGUGGGCGACUUUGAGUACAGCAAGCGGGACCUCGUGGGACACGGAGCCUUCGCAGUGGUCUUCCGGGGGCGGCACCGCCAGAAAACUGAUUGGGAGGUAGCUAUUAAAAGUAUUAAUAAAAAGAACCUGUCAAAAUCACAAAUACUGCUUGGCAAGGAAAUUAAAAUAUUAAAGGAACUUCAGCAUGAAAAUAUUGUAGCACUCUAUGAUGUCCAGGAGUUACCUAAUUCUGUCUUUCUAGUAAUGGAGUAUUGCAAUGGUGGAGAUCUGGCAGAUUAUUUGCAAGCUAAAGGUACUCUCAGUGAAGAUACUAUCAGAGUUUUUUUGCAUCAGAUUGCAGCUGCCAUGAGAAUCCUUCACAGCAAAGGGAUAAUCCACAGGGAUCUCAAACCACAGAACAUCUUGUUGUCCUAUGCCAAUCGCAGAAAGUCCAGUGUCAGUGCUAUCCGCAUCAAAAUAGCGGAUUUUGGGUUUGCUCGUUAUCUACACAGUAAUAUGAUGGCUGCAACACUGUGUGGCUCCCCAAUGUACAUGGCUCCUGAAGUUAUUAUGUCUCAACAUUAUGAUGCUAAAGCUGACUUGUGGAGCAUAGGAACAGUAAUAUACCAGUGCCUAGUUGGAAAACCACCUUUUCAGGCCAAUAGUCCUCAAGAACUAAGGAUAUUUUAUGAAAACCACAGGAGCUUAAUGCCUAGUAUUCCCAGUGAAACAUCACCUCUUUUGGCGAAUCUCCUUUUGGGUUUACUCCAAAGAAACCAAAAAGAUAGGAUGGACUUUAAAGCAUUUUUUAGCCAUCCUUUUCUUGAGCAAGUUCCAGUAAAAAAAUCUUGCCCAGUUCCCGUACCAAUCAAUGGUGGUUCUGUCACUGGAAGCUCCUGUGGCAAUUCUCCAUCUUGUCGUUUUGCAUCUCCAUCAACCCUUCCAGAUAUGCAGCAUGUUCAAGAAGAAAAUUUAUCUUCCCCUCCAUUGGGCCCUCCCAACUAUCUACAAGUGUCCAACGAUUCUACCAGUACUAGUAGCAAGAACUCUUCUGGUGACAUGGAUGACUUUGUCUUGGUUCCACACAACUUCUCGUCAGACCACUCAUAUGAUAUGCCUAUGGGAACCACUGCCAGACAUGCUUCAAAUGAAUUCUUGGUGUAUGGAGGGCAAUGUCAACCUCUUUUAUCCUCUCACAGUGAAACAGCACCAAUUCCAGUCCCUACUCAGAUAAGGAAUUAUCAGCGUAUAGAGCAGAAUCUUACAUCUGCUAUCUCUGGCACAAAUCUACAUGGUUCCCCAAGGACACUUGACCCUGAGAGCUGUCAGCACCCUGCCAUGUUUCCACCGAAUUUGGAUCCAGUUGGAAUCAUCCCUGAGCAACUUAGUCAGUGCUGCUGUGGGCAAUCUCAGGUCCAUGAAUCUAGGAGUAGAAACUCUUCAGGUUCUUCAGUACCACAGACUCAGUCACCACAAUCUCUCUUACUGGGUGCUAGACUGCAGAUCACUCCCACCCUCACCGACAUCUAUCAGAACAAACAGAAGCUCAGAAAGCAGCACUCUGACCCUGUGUGCCUCUCUCAUGCCACGGCUGGGUACAGCUAUACCCCUCAGCCCAGUCGUCCUGGCAGCCUGGGAGCCUCUCCCACCAAGCACAUGGGAUCCUCUCCACGGAGUUCUGACUGGUUCUUUAAAACUCCUUUACCAACAAUCAUUGGCUCUCCUACUAAGACCACAGCUCCUUUCAAAAUCCCCAAAACACAAGCAUCUUCCAACCUGUUAGCCUUGGUCACUCAUCAGGGGCCAGCCGAAGGCCAUUCUAGAGUUGAGAAUGACCCACAGGCAUGCUCUCGUUGUCUCUCAGUGCAAGGAGAUGAGAAGCAAAAGCCUGAACAGCAGAACAAGACAUUAUUUGGCAGAUCUGUCAGUACAGGGAAAUUAUCAGAUCAACAAAUAAAAACACCCUUGGAUGGGCAACUGUAUCAGGGUAGCAUGGACAGAUUAAAUUCAGAAUGGCCAAUGGAUAUAGCUCCUGUAGGAGCCUGUGGCUUCUUACUGGCACCUUCUAUAGGAACAGCAACAAGUUCUCGGACUGUCCUGUUCACGGUAGGGUCACCUCCACACAGUGCCAUGGCUCCCACUUGUACCGAUACAGUCCUUCGAACAAGAACAACGUCAGUGGGGUCCAACAGCUCUGGAGGUUCCCUCUGCUCUGUGAGUGGCCGUGUGUGUUUGGGCUCCCCAUCUGGGUUCUGUUCAGGAUCUCCCCCUCCAAGAGCAGAGGCAGCUCCCAGCCUGAGAUAUCUGCCUUAUGGUGCUUCGCCCCCUAGCUUAGAGGGGCUCGUCACCUUUGAAGCUCCAGAACUGCCUGAAGAGACCCUGAUGGAGCAAGAACACACAGACGCCUUACGCCAUCUGAAUCUCAUGUUGGUGUUUACUGAGUGUGUCCUGGAUCUCACAGCAUUGCGGGGAGGAAAUCCAGAGCUGUGUACAUCUGCUGUCUCCUUAUACGAAAUUCAAGAAAAUGUGGUUGUGGGCCAGAUCAGCCAAUUCAGCAAAGAUUGGGGACGGGUGGAACAACUGAUACUGUAUAUGAAAGCAGCACAGCUGCUAGCAGCUUCCCUACAUCUCGCCAAAGCGCAGAUCAAGUCUGGGCAGCUGAGCCCAUCCACAACUGUAAAACAAGUUGUCAAAAAUCUGAAUGAACGAUAUAAAUUUUGCAUCACUAUGAGCAAGAAACUUACAGAAAAGCUGAGUCGCUUCUUCUCUGACAAGCAGAGAUUUAUUGAUGAAAUCAACAGUGUAACUGCAGAGAAACUCAUCUAUAAUUGUGCUGUGGAAAUGGUUCAAUCUGCAGCCCUGGAUGAGAUGUUUCAGCAGACUGAAGAUGUGUUUUUUCGCUAUCAUAAGGCAGUCCUUCUUUUGGAAGGCCUAACUAAGAUUUUACAGGACCCCGCAGAUAUUGAAAAUGUGCAUAAAUAUAAGUCUAGUAUUGAAAGAAGAUUAUCGGUACUUUGCUAUAGCACCAUGGUGAUGUAAGCAGCAGCACAUUUGUCCCACGGACCAGUCUGGAAAUGUGAAGUGAUACAUUUGGAAUUUCUGCUUGGGUUCAAUUGCCCUCCCCAGAAAACUGUUAGUUCCUUAACAUUUGACAACCAAAGUACACACAGUGAUUUCAAAAAAUGAAAAAUAAUGCCAAAAUGAAACGUUUGUAGGAAGUCUGACAUAUCAGAGAAGUCACCUUUGCUCUUUUUCUUUGUGCAAGCAGAAGUAAAAAUCUCCCACUUGGCUCUGUAUGAACCUAGUAAAUAAAUGUACCGUGGAAUUGGCAUUAUCAGUACAGUUAUUCGUACAGAGAAUUAAAAUGAAACCACGCGAGUGGCCCAUUAUUUACUUCAUGAGUGCAAUGUAGUGAAUUCCAUGUGGAUUAGAAUGAUGUUAAGUUGUUUAGUAUGUCUGACUCAAACUACUAAAAAUAACUGAGGUAAUAAAGUGGAAAUAUCUGUAUCUCAUCCAAGCAGUUUGUUAUUUGGGGUAACUUUGUUUAAAUCUUAACAUGCAUCCUAAAACAGCUCAGUCAAUGGUAGCUUAAGAAGAGGCACAGAUGGCUCUGAGAAGAAAUUAUGAUGUCUUCAAUAUGCUCCUAUGUUAAUCUUCCAAAAUAUUUCAUAUUGCACUCCUUUAUUAAAAAAACAACUAUAUUGGAUUUUGCAAUUUAAAAAUCCAACUACAUUGGAUUUUGCAAUUUAAAUGGACUUAUUUAAACUAUUUCCAUAAUUUAAAUAUAAUCUCUAGUGGACUUUUAAAGAUAAACAAACAAACUUAAUUCAUGUUAAAUUUUGGGGGGGUUUUGUUUGUUUUAACUUAUUCAUCCACAAUUAUAAAUUUUCUCAGAUGUUUUCAGUUGCUGGUUAUUUGCUUUUGGUUGCAUUUCAUACUGAGCAUGCAGAAUGUGCAUUGAUGCCUGCAAUCUCUACUAAAGGCUAGAUUUAUUUGGGUAAUAUUAGAGCAAAUAUCAUACAUACAUCAAGAAUUUUACUAGGACUAAAACAAGUUGAUAUUCUCUAAGGAAAAUGGGCAGCUUUCUCCAGCUCUCUGUGUGUUUUUCGUAUUAGUUCUGAUAGUUCACCAAACAGUUAAUCAUGGAGAAAACCAUAAGCACCCCUCCAGAAAUAGUGUUUUAUAUUGUUUCUUUUACUUACCUGCUUGAAUACUUGAAUAACCCAGUCUCCAGUUUUUCCUUUAUUUUAAUCCUAUUAGAAACUAUAACCUGAUAAAUUAUACAGAAACUCUUUGGCAUUAAUCUAAUUUUAGUAUAUUGAUAAUACAAAUAGGAUUUUUUCAUUACUUUGACAAAAUAAUGUAAUUUCUACCUGUUUAUCUGUAUGAAAUGCCAGCAGUUAAUUUGAACAUUUAUUUAUAUGAUGUUUGUAUUUUUAGGUCUUUAAUACAGUGUUUCUACCUCUCAUUUGUAAUUGCAUGCAUUAUUCUCGAAACCAGAUAAACUCACUGAAUUGUUGUCUACUAGCCUUUUUAUUAUUGCCUGUAAAAAAUGUAUAUUAAGGUAAAAUAAAACUUACAAAGUGUUUUUAGG